CAAUAACAACCUGACCUUAUCCUCAAAAUACCAUUUAACACGAUUCUUUUGUGAAAUAAACACCGUGUUUCAUUUGGAAAAAAAACGCAACAAAAUGAUGUCCUCAAUUAGGUUUUCCGAAAUUUCAAACUGAAGAAAUUUCUGCUUUGUAGCUACCCAGCAAAUUACUCAAAUUUUUGAAUGUAAUAUAAAUUUUGUUAAUUGGCGUUCUGUUACAGUGAAUAGUAAAUUAGUCAAUUUUUGCCUACUUUUGAAUUAUCAUUGAAGUUAUUUUCUGAGUCUACUUUUCAAAUACUUAUAUUCUGAAGAAUGGAUUCCAGAAAGCGAAGCAGCUCCGGAGACAAAUCAACGACAAAAGCUGCUGGCAAGCUGCUCUCAGCAUUGAAGAGAAAAACGAGUGCAACUGGGAGUUCAGACAAAAGUCCCACUCGAAAUUCGUCGUCCGAUAGAACCCGAAAGAGUGUGGACUUCGGCCGAGUGAAGACUUCCAUUUCGGUAGUGGGCGGGUUCGGGGGAGGGAAUGAGUCGUUUAACGGUGCGGCUAGCAAAGAGGCCGCUAAAAUGGUGAGCGAGUGGGUGAAAAGCGGGUCGGAGAAGACAGCUUGGGCCUCAGACAUCGCCAAGAUCAUCAGUGCUAAGUUGAAAUUGCAGCACUCGGUGAAGCUUCUGUCCAACCAGGUGACUCAGCUCGAAGCCGAACUGGAAGUGUACCAGAAUCUGAACAAAGACAGCAAACUGGAGAAAAUUGAAAGCCCACCUGAGCCCAUUGAGCCAGAACAAGAUGACAGAGAGUUCGAGGAAUCGGGAACCCAAACAGAAGACGUGACCAUAUUUUCAACACAGCUCAAAAUUGAUUCGUUCACUCAGACCCCAAUCAAAACAUUUGCAAGCUCUUAUCAACAAUGCACGAAUUUAACAGUCGUUGUCGAGACUUCAUGUCAAACAGAACAAGAUGUCAAACUAUGCGAGCCUGUUGCGAACUUUGAAUGUCAAACGGAUCCGAAUCUAACUCAAAAUGAAACUGCGACGGCGUCUCAGCAAACAAAAGAGUCAAGUUUCAUUUCAAAGUGCGACCAAUUUUGCCAAUUCCCAGAACUUGUAGCGAAGGUUCUUCCCGUAAACGUACAAUGGGAGACUACUAAACCAUUAGUCCACAUAACGACUUUACCUGCGCUAGCCUUAGUGAAGCGUGAAAGCAGUUCGCUGAAAAAACUUGUAACUGUGAACAAACAUGCGCUGAAAACGACAAGUGUGCCGAUAGUUCAAAGUCCUCGGCACGGGAGGAAAAGUCGUUUCCUUCAGAUGGAUAUGUUCACGCCUGAAGAAGCGCAGCUGCGGGCUUCUAUUUUGAAUGAAUAUCUGGAGAAUUAUCUCGAGACCAGAGAACAAUCGCCCGAGAAAAGCGCCAGAAAUAAUCACCAGAAAGUUUCGUUCAAUCAACAGCAAGCUACCAUAAACAAGGAAUUAUCAGAAGUGAUCGAAAACAAACAGCGUCAGUUAGAAGCCCUAGGGAACCUUCAAAAGCUUUACUACAACCCCAGAGGUCGACUCCAGCUUUCCUCGAACCCCAACACCAAAAAUUCAGCCGGACUUAACCCAUCGCGACCUCAAGGCAGCAGAAGCAGGAGAUGCCUGCGAAGGAAUCAUCAGAAGUUAGUGGUCAAGAGCGACUCAGAUUCGAACAGUGCAAAUUGUCUUCCGUCGAUCGACCCGAACAACAACCGAAUGAGCCUGAACAAAUUACUACCUGCGUAUGUGUACAGGGCACUUAAUCCUGACUGGAACGGAUUUGAUCCAACUUCAGAUGAAACUUCUGCCGGAGAAUUGAUGAAAAGCAGGAGUGCGACUCGAGGUGGUAACACUGCCAGCAACUCAAGACUCCGCAAAAGGAGUGCCAGUGGACCCAGAAGCAACAACAACCUCCCCCUAGGCCACUCUAUCCUGAACUGGAAUGUACCUAUGCCCCAUUGCAAGUGCGAGUCAUGUGCCCUCAUGCUGCCCUCCUCCAGGACAAGCUGGGGUCACGAUAACUUGAAGCUCAACAGUCUGUCGGUGAAAGUUGGUUCUCGAGUAGCAGUGCAGCCCAGGCGAGAUCUGAUUGGUCACUUCGACGCCCUCGGGGAAGACGCGAGUGCCCCCGCCCCCUAUCCAGUGACUGGUGUGGUGCGCUACUUGGGCCAUGUUUCCCGUCUCUGUCCCUCCCAGCCCAAUGGGGUUUACGUGGGAGUGGAGUUAGAUGACCACGUUCUACAUCUUAACCCAGAUUUGGGCAACUAUGUGGGCGACGGCAGUUUUCUGGGACGGAGAUAUUUCACAGCCAAAAACAAUUCAACCUCAGCCCUGUUUGUCCCCAUUCAAGAUGUGUUCCCAAAAACUAGCAAGACACCAGAUAUCAGAAGAUCGUCAACGAACAGAAGAAGAUAGAACAAAGAUAUUACAGAAAGAUAUUGUCACACCGAAAUGUUAACUUUCCAAAAUAUGGACUUUUUGUAUUUCUUCGAUUGUUUUACAUAU